AUGCGAGUCCUGAUCAGUGGAGCGGGCGUCGCUGGCCCCACGCUGGCAUGGUUUUUGGCGAAGACCGGCGCAUCCAUUACCGUUGUCGAGAAGAGUCAAGCUAUUCUUCCCCAUGGACAGAAUGUUGAUUUAAAAGGAACAGCAGUUACGGUCAUCAAGAAGAUGGGGCUGCUGGACCGAGUUCGCCAAUCUAACACAACCGAGAAAGGGACGCAGUUCAUUGACUCGAAGGGGGACCCAUUUGCAUCGUUUCCCGUCAAGGGGGGAUUUUCUGCCAGCUUAUCCUCAGAAUUUGAGAUUCUACGCGGAGAUUUAGCAGCGAUCCUCUAUAAGGCUUCGAGGCAAAGUCCGAACGUGGAGUAUUUGUUCGGUACUACAAUCAAGGAAGUCACCUCAAACGACAAUGAUACUGUGACUGUCAAAUUUAGCCAUGACAAGGUGGAGGAGUUUGACCUCUUGGUCGCAGCAGACGGUCAGUGGUCGAAGAUUCGGCAGCAGUGUUUCCCUGCAGAGUGUGUCAACGUGAUUGAUAAGGGCAUGUACGCCGUUUACUGGACCGUCCCACGUCUGCCAAGUGACAAUGAUUGGUGGAAUAUUUACGUGGCACUUAGGUCAAGGAUUAUCACCCUCAGACCAGACCCAUACGGUACUAUUAGGGCCAUGUUCACUCGUAUGCCCUGUAGCGAGGAUGAGAAAAUGGCAUGGCUAGAGGCAACCAAGAAUGGCAAACAGGCGCAGCAAGAGCUCAUCAGAAAAGAUUUUGCAGACGCAGGAUGGCAAAGCCAGAGGCUAUUGAAUGACCUCGAGCACGCGCCUGAUUUCUAUUUCCAGGUUCUUCAACAAAUUAAAAUGUCCAAAUGGUCCAACACGCGCGUUGUCUGUGUCGGAGACGCUGCAUAUGCCCCAUCGCCAGUCGCGGGUGGGGGAACUUCUCUGGCCAUUAUUGGAGCCUACAUCCUAGCAGGCGAAUUGAGUAAACUUGACGAACAUGAGCGUCCUUCGAAGGCCCUCGAAGCUUAUGAGAGCAUCUAUCGCCCAUUCGUGGAGGAGGCACAGAAGAUUCCUUCCUUUGUUCCAGCAAUUGCCCAUCCGAAAACAGCUUGGCAUCGAUUGCUACUUCAAUAUAGCCUAUGGACGCUAGCAAAAGUCUUGUCCGUGGUUGCUGCUAUUCCCCGGUUGGCAAAAUCUUUUGACCAAAACAGCAAAGACGAUUUUCCGUUGCCAUACUAUCCGAAGUUAGAUAUCAAGACUUCUCAAAUCGCCACUUCUUCUUGA